GAAAUCAACUUACACAAAUCUUCAACCCAAAGGCCAAUCAUAAGCUGCAGGUCCAAAUGAUCAUUAGCAUGUCUAAUUAAUCGCAAAUAACACGUUGGGAUUAGUAUUACCGUUAACAAGAAAGCAACAAAAAUUGCAAAAUAAAAUAUUUGAAGGACAAAACACACACGAAAUUAUAGCCUAAACACGUCUCUCCUUCAUAUCCAUUUUGACUCCUCUUUUUGAAUCCCCUAAACCCCAAAUUUGAUCCCUGAUUGAUUCCAAGACUUGGAUGGAGGUGAAUAGUAUUCUGUUAAUUGGAAACCCUAAAUUGAAGUGCAAAAUUUGGUAAAAAUGUUUCGGUGGAAUUUUGCAAGGUCUGCAGAGACGUUGUUUUCUCGAUGGGCAAUAAAGAGGGUUUGUAAGUUCCUUUUGAAGAAGAAAUUGGGGAAAUUUAUACUUGGUGAUAUUGAUCUUAAUCAGCUAGAUGUGCAGCUAAGUGCUGGUACUAUUCAGCUAUCUGAUCUUGCUCUCAAUGUUGAUUAUCUCAAUCAAAAGUUUGGUUCCACAGCAGCCAUAUAUGUGCAAGAAGGGUCAAUUGGCUCUCUGCUUAUGACAAUGCCUUGGAAAGGGGAUGGUUGCCGGAUAGAGGUGGAUGAACUUGAACUUGUGCUUGCUCCUGAGGCAAACUUUUCUCGAAGCACACUUGGAAAUUGUCUGUCAACUCAAAAUGGUGCUGCUUCGGUCAACCAAGAUUCGGGAAACCAUAAUGAUGAUGCUGUUGACGGUUGUGGUGCUAAAACAACUGCUUUUGAUGUUCAUGAAGGAGUCAAGACCAUUGUUAAAAUGGUUAAAUGGUUGCUCACUAGCUUUCAUGUAGAAGUUAGAAAAUUGAUCAUAGCAUUUGAUCCCUGUUUAGGUGACGAAAAGCGGAAAGGGCUUUGCAGAACCGUAGUAUUAAGAGUAAGUGAGGUGGAAUGUGGGACAUGCAUCUCGGAAGGGGCUUCUCCGGAUAUUGAUGCAGCAGAGGCUAACUUUCUGGGGUUGACUCAAAUGACAAAUUUUAUCAAAUUUAGAGGAGCAGUUCUUGAAUUCCUUCAAAUUGACGAGGUUGUUGAUAAGACACCAAAUCUAUGUGCUUCAGGAACAACUACAGGUGAGUGGUCAAGCAGCUGUUCACCAAAUGUCACAACCCCAAUAAUAACUGGGGAAAGAGGCGGACUUUCAGGGAACCUAAAAUUGACUAUACCUUGGAGAAAUGGUUCCUUAGAUAUCCGCGAAGUGGAGGCAGAUGCUUAUAUUGAUCCUGUGGUAAUCAAACUUCAACCCAGUAGCAUCAGAUGCUUAAUACAUUUGUGGGGAAUUAUCAAAGAUAUGGGUCAGAAGAAAGAUACAGAAUCUUUCCCCUGUGAUUCAGUAAAUACUUGUGAUUCAACAAAGGCAGAUAAUUCCAUGCUCAGUAUGGACGAGGGCCUUCCAGGUUCUAAAGCAUUUCCUGCUGAAUGUACAUUCGAGAGUGAACCAGUGAGGGAAGCCUUGCUGUCUGAGUCGUGUCUUAUAUCGGACUGGGUGAGUAGAAGCCGGAAAGUGAAUGAUGAAGAGGAACCAGAUUUUGGGGAAAGCGUGCACCAGUUUUUUGAAUGCUUUGAUGGGUUGAGAAACUCGCAGUCAGCUUUAGGAAACAGUGGGAUGUGGAAUUGGACUUGUUCAGUUUUUAGUGCAAUAACAGCUGCUUCUAACCUUGCUUCUGGGUCAUUGCUUGUUCCUUCUGAUCAGCAGCAUCUUGAAACCAAUCUUAGGGCAACGGUUGCCAAAGUAUCUCUUCUUUUUUCUUUUAUUGAUGAGGAAGAGAGACAUCGCUGCACCGUGGAUGCUGAUAAAGGGAAUGCUGGUUUUUAUGUUCAUUAUAUAAGUGCAACUUUUCAAGAUUUGCUUCUGGUGUUGCAGGUACGACGCCAGGAAAUGAAUUUUGAAGCAACAGUUCAGCAUGUGGCACUUACUGAUCACUUCUCAAGAAAGGAUGACACAGUUGAUUUCAAAUUGCGUACCUAUAAUAACAUCAAAGAAAUACAAGAUGCAGUUCAAACUGCCCUCCCACCUCUUGAUUGGUCCAGCAAGAAUGUUGAUCCGCAUAAUCCGAGUGCAUCUGCUGCUCCUAAUCUAUUAGGGAUGAAUUUUACAGAUGGGCUCACUCAUCCAAGGAACAAAAUAAGUCUUUUUGCUGACGAUGUUGUGCAGGUAGAAUUGCUUAAGACUUUUGGUGCUAGCGUCUGCCAAGCCACAAUAAGUUCUUCAGGAAAAUCAUUUGUUGGGCCAACAUCUUUUUCAUUGAAGUUUCCACCAUAUAUUUUCUGGGUAAACUUUGAUUUGUUAAGUGAGAUCUCAGAAUUUUUCAAGAAAAUUAAGGAUCCUAUUGAAACGACUAGCACUCUGUCCCAUGAGCAUAGAUGUAUGGGUUCAUCCAAAGGGAAUGAAAGGACUAGCCCUUUCUCUGAUACUAGAAGAAUUUCAGAACAAGAAAGUUUCGGGGGCACUGUAUCUCUUCCAACUGCCAGGAUUAUAUUGUCUUUCCCUCGUGGAAAAUGUGAAGAUUUUAAGAGCUAUUACUCUUGGCAACAGUUUAUUUCUCUUGAUGUAUCUUCACCAUCAGCUCCUGGGGAGAAAGCAACUCGUGCAACUAGAAACAGUGCUGCAGCUAGUUCUAAGAGUCGGAAUUCUGUGGCUAAAUUGUGCUCUUUGUACUUGAAUUUUGGGAAGCUUGCGGUCAACUUAAUCACACCAUCGUCUGGAGAGAAUGCCGAAAGUACCUGUGGAACUAUUCUAAAGUAUAGACUUUUAGCUCAGGAAAUAAUGACCACAUCUAUUGGAAGUGGGCCUUCUGUUAUUACCUUUUCUUGGCAGGACUGUGUCAGGACUGGUCCUUGGAUAAUGAAGAGAGCCAGGCAGCUUGCUUGUUCAGAGAAUGCAAGGUGCUUAGAGAAGUUCAGAGGAAAAGGAUGUGACUUUUCGUCUGUAACCGCUGUCAAGGAUUCUGGAGACUUUGGUAAUAUUACACAAGAAAUGAUUAUAAGCUCUGAGUUCUGCAUUCAUGCACACUUAUCUCCCAUUACAAUUGCUUUAAGCAAAUCAGAAUUUGUGCAGUUAAAUGAUCUUCUGAGUCAGGUGAUUGAUAGGUUAUCAGGACUGGGCUUUGUUCCUGUUGAUACUGAAGAAGUGACUACUGGCUCUCAGUCAUUAGUUCUUGUUGAAUGUGAUUCUGUAACCAUAUCAAUUAAUGAGGAAACUGUGGAGAAGAAUAAUAAGGGUUCACUACAGAAUGAAAUUACUGGUUCUUGGCAUAGCUUUAAACUGGAACUUCCGAAUUUUGGUCUAUUAUCUGUUUCAAAUAUUGGAGGAACAAAUGGUGCUGGCUUUCUCUGGGUAACCCAUGGUGAGGGCAACUUGUGGGGUUCAGUUACAGGGGUUCCAGGUGAAGAGUUUCUCCUCAUCUCCAUCAAUGACACUUCCAGCAGCCGUGGUGAUGGAGAAGGUUCAAAUGUAUUAUCUUCUAAGUUGUCAGGUUUAGAUAUUAUCCACUUUCACGAUCCACAGAGCAGUGCCUUGUCCAUCACUGUCAGAUGUGGCACUGUUGUUGCAGUUGGCGGACGCUUGGAUUGGUUUGACACAAUUUUCUCCUUUUUCGCUCUACCCUCUCCUGAAACUACACCAGUAUGUGAUAGUAAUGCGCAGAAAGAGGAUCGUGAAACUAGUGUCCCUUUUGAAUCUUCUUUUAUCCUUAGCUUGAUAGACAUUGCCUUGAGUUACGAGCCAUACGUAAAUAAAUCGGCGCAUGGUUGUGCUGAUUCUCAGUCAAGUUCUCCCAAAUGUGAGGAAGCAAUAGAUGAGCAGUAUGUAGCAUGUCUGCUGGCUGCAUCUUCCUUGAGGCUUUCCAGUACAACUUUUGCUGAUUCUGUUAUCAGGGAUUACAAAAUUACUGUGCAAGAUCUGGGUCUGCUUCUUUCUGCUAUGCGCGCACCGAGCUGUGCUGGCAGUGUCUACAGUGUGGAGCAUCUUCGCAAGAUUGGAUAUGUUAAAGUUGCGCAAGAUGCGGAUGUUGAAGCUCUUUUGAGAAUCAGUUCUGAAAAUGGGAGUCUUUGGGAAAUUGAUUGUUCAGAGUCACAGAUUGUUCUGAACACUUGCCAUGAUACAACUAGUGGAUUGACACGUUUAGCUGCUCAACUGCAACAGCUUUUUGCACCUGACUUGGAAGAAUCCGUGGUUCACUUGCAGACAAGGUGGAAUGAUGUUCAGCAGGCACGUGAGGGCAAAGAAUUCUGCACUUCUGAUGUGGAUUCUGUAUCAUCAACUUCUGAUAUGCAGCCUAUGACUGGCGAUGCAAGUGGUGAAGGUGGUAAUAUCAACUUGAUGGAUGAAAUAUGCGAAGAUGCAUUUCAGCUGGACCAUGAGGAGGAUGACCAAGCCGAUCAUCGUGAAUCACCCAUUUAUCUUUCACCGAAUAAUAGUUUCAUUGGUGAGACUUUUUAUUACAGUAACGAAGACUCCCCGAGGUUUUUGAAUAGCUCGCCUCUCACUGGCUCAGUUCCUGUUGGUGGGCAAGAAACUAGUGAGGCUCCAUUAUCACCCGAACAGCUACCUCAGUUUAUUGAAGAAUAUUUCCUGUCUGACCUAUGUCCUCUGUCUGAACUAGCAUUGACAAACCAAUCCUCGAAGGAUAUUCCUAGAUACACACCUAGUCCUUUAAGGAGUGGUGAUGACUUAAGGGGAAAUACUGGAUGGUAUGGGGACAACUGUUUAAGAAUUUUGGAGGAUCAUGUUUCAGAAGUCAACAGAAAAGCUGGUUUGCAGGAGCUGACAGAGUCUGAGGCUUCUAGCAUUUUCAGUGAACCUGAUGAAACUAAAAAUGUUAAGGGUCGCAUAGUUCUUAAUAACAUGAAUAUCAUCUGGAGAUUGUAUGCGGGAUCCGACUGGCAAAAUGUUCAGAGUAAUGCACAGCAAUCUACAGGAACUUGUGGGCGGGAUACAACUAUUUGUUUAGAACUGACACUGUCUGGCAUGCGAUUUCAGUAUGACAUCUUUCCUGAUGGUGGAACUCGGGUAUCUAGGCAGUCCAUAACAGUUCAUGAUUUCUGUGUUAAGGACAACAGCAAUGCUGCCCCUUGGAAACUGGUGCUGGGGUACUAUCAAUCAAAAGGCUGUCAAAGGAAGUCUUCUUCCGAAGCAUUUAAGCUGGAUCUUGAAGCAGUAAGACCUGAUCCUGCUAUCCCUCUUGAAGAGUACCGGUUACGCAUCGCUUUCCUCCCAAUGCGUUUGCAUCUUCAUCAAAACCAGUUAGAUUUUCUCAUCAGCUUCUUCGGAGGAACAAAGUCAGCAGUUACUCCCUCCCAAAGUACUUCACAAAAUCUGAGUAAAUCAGAAAUAGUAGCAAAGAGCACUAAAUUUGGGGGUCAUGCAGUCAUUGAAGAGGCAUUGCUCCCUUAUUUUCAGAAAUUUGACAUCUGGCCUGUUCAUCUUCGGGUUGACUAUAGCCCUUGCCGUGUUGAUUUAGCUGCAUUAAGGAGUGGCAAGUAUGUCGAACUUGUUAACCUUGUACCAUGGAAGGGGAUUGACCUGCACCUCAAACAUGUUCAAGCUCUAGGUGUCUAUGGCUGGAGUGGCAUAUGUGAAAUAAUAAUAGGCGAAUGGUUGGAAGAUAUUUCCCAGAAUCAGAUUCAUAAACUUUUGAAAGGCCUUCCUCCUAUUCGGUCAUUGGUAUCUGUUGGUUCUAGUGCAGCAAAGUUGGUAUCUCUGCCUGUGAAGAGUUACAAGAAGGAUCAAAAAUUGGUAAAAGGAAUGCAAAGAGGUACAAUAGCAUUCCUUAGAAGUAUCUCACUUGAAGCAAUUGGGCUUGGAGUGCAUUUGGCUGCUGGCGCUCAUGAAGUCCUUCUGCAAGCAGAAUAUAUUCUUACAAGUGUUCCACCAUCAGUACCAUGGCCUGUGCAAAGUGUAGGAAACACUGGCGUGAGAUUUAAUCAACCCAAAGAUGCCCGGCAAGGGAUCCAACAGGCUUAUGAAAGUAUGAGUGACGGCUUUAGUAAAUCUGCUUCUGCUUUAAUACGCACUCCCAUCAAACGAUAUCAGCGUGGUGCUGGAAUGGGGACUGCUUUUGCAACUGCUGUCCAAGCAGCUCCAGCAGCAGCCAUUGCCCCGGCUUCUGCCACAGCACGAGCUGUUCAUUGUGCUCUUCUAGGUGUAAGGAACAGCCUCAAUCUGGAGCGCAAGAAAGAGUCUUUGGAGAAAUAUUUGGGGACCUCUCCACCUUAGCAGUACAUGCAGUAGGGAAGUUUCUCCAUCAAGAGCUCCAACAAAAUUUGCAAGCUAACCAGCACUAGUUUUGUAUAGGUGUACAGAUCGUAGGACAAUUAGACAGAUUCUUUUAUCUGAGGAGACAGGUAAUCAUGUAAAUAAUGUAAAUAUCAGAGUGGUGAUCUUAUUUUUUGCUCAUACGGCCGGGCCAUGCCAUUGGUUUCAAUUGUUCGGCUAUGUCAGCUGUCUUAUGAGUAAAUUGUAAAUAUAUUGGUUCCUUGGUUUUGCUGGCAGAAUUGCCAUCUGUACAACGUCGUUUCUUGUAAUUAUCUUCUGUAUAUACAUGUGUAUCCUUUCUCCUACCUUUGUUCUCUUCCUUCUAGUAGCUGUGUCCUGUAUUUCGUGAUGUGUAAUAGGAGUUCUUUUCAAUGUGAAAAGGGACUGUUCUGUCUGUUU